AUAAACCCUUGUAAUUGUAGUUGCAGAGCCGAACUCAGAGACACACUAGAAAAAAGCGAACCCCUUUUGUGUUGUGUGAAGCGUAAGGCAUUAGCAGCGACAAUGGCAAACAAAGAGAUGAAUGUUGUGAAAGGUUUGGACUUGAAAAGGUACAUGGGUCGUUGGUACGAGAUAGCGUGUUUCCCUUCAAGGUUUCAACCCAGUGAUGGCAUGGACACGAGAGCUACCUACACUCUCAACGAUGAUGGCACAGUCCAUGUUCUGAAUGAGACUUGGAGUGGUGGCAAAAGAAGCUUCAUUGAAGGAACUGCUUAUAAGGCUGAUCCCAAUAGUGAUGAGGCCAAACUCAAGGUCAGGUUCUAUGUUCCCCCGUUCUUACCCAUUAUCCCUGUAACUGGGGAUUACUGGGUUUUGUUCAUUGAUCAUGAUUAUCAAUAUGCUGUCAUUGGACAACCUAGCAGGAGGUACCUUUGGAUAUUAUCCAGGAAGAACCAUGUAGAUGAAGAGACCUACAAUGAGCUUGUUCAGAAAGCUAAGGAUGAGGGGUAUGAUGUGAGCAAGCUUCACAAGACUCCACAUAGUGAUUCUCCACCAGAUGAAGAAGGUCCUCAGGACACUAAAGGCAUUUGGUGGAUCAAAUCCCUUCUGGGGAAAUAGGUGUGGACAAUAUAUAAUUAGGCUAAAUGUGAAGGGGUAUUUCAUAUUGUUAAUAAAGGUCAGGAUCGGAGCAAUUUAGUUUGGUGUAUUGGCUUGUUCUGUAAAUAGACUAAGAUGAAAUGAUAUGAACUUUUUUAAAGGUGAUGUUUGAAGGGUUAAUUGUGUUUGUUCUUAUUGUUUUGUUGAGAAUCCAAUGUCAGUUUUCCACUUUGUUUACUUUAUCUUUUUCUUAGUUGAAUUUUCUGGCCAAGCUAUGGGGUUUUCAUGAAUUACCCUUUAUCUUGACACAACUUUUGUUGUUACAACAUUAAGGGUAUGGGCAUUCCAUUUCUGUCAUUGGGGAAUGUAUUAAGGUUGCAAAAAAUAUUCUAGCAAAGAAAAAAGAGGAAAUUGUGUGGAUAUCAUAAAUGAUGAAUAGUCGAUUAACAAAAACUUACAGCAGUGGAUGAAAUGGAAGAGAAUCUUGAGUCUGUAGCCAAAAAAUAACUGUGAUUCAAGUUUGGGAGGAAAUAAAACGGCACAAUUAUAAGAC